CAAUGACUACAAUAAGCAGGAGCUCUCCACACUAAGUGACACAAAAACCGCUGAGGUCAACGGUUUGGGUCUCAAGCCCAUCUCAAACCAGGAAUUCAUAAAAAACACCAACGGCCACCUGCCACAGGUUGAGAUUGAAAUCCCAAAUGUAAAGAGGGUGAAGAUGAGAAGAGACUCCCAGUAUCCCACCAAACGGGAUCACAUGAUCUGUAAAUGCCUGUCGCUAAGCAUCACGUAUGCAGCGACCAUCGGAGGACUCAUCACCAUCACCGGCACGUCAACCAACCUCAUCUUUGCUGAACAGUUUAACACCUUCAGAGAAACCUGCUCACUCAGUAAGAAACGCAAAACCAGGAGAGAGAUGCUGUCAGAGAGGAGGAUCCACGAGGAGUACGCGAAGCUGGGACCCAUCAGCUACCCAGAGGUGGUGACAGGUGUUUUCUUCAUCCUGAUGACACUGCUGUGGUUCACCAGAGAGCCUGGCUUUGUGCCCGGCUGGACGUCGCUCUUUGAAAAGAAAGGCUACAGGACUGAUGCAACGGUGUCUGUUCUUCUGGGCUUCCUCCUCUUCCUCAUCCCUGCCAGGCGGCCCUUCUCUUCCUCCUCUUGCUGUAAAAACUCAGAUGAUGAUUCAGAGUCUGACCCACUGGCUCCCAUGAUCACCUGGAAGGACUUCCAGAGACUCAUGCCGUGGGAGAUCGUCAUCCUGGUUGGUGGAGGCUAUGCACUGGCAGCGGGCUGCAAGGUACUACGAAUAUAUGUCUUUAUCUAUAACCUCUGUACCCCCCAACCAUUUCACCUCUCCUCUUCCCUCUUGUCUUUUUUCUUCACUACUCUCUCUUUACCCCCUUUGUUCUUCUUCAUGGCGUACUUCUCUGUCCAGUCGGAGACUCUGCACAUCAACCCCCUCCACACUUUGAUCCCUUCCACCAUGUGCGUGUCAUUUGGGGUCAUGCUUCCAGUGGGGAACCCCCCCAACGCCAUCGUCUUCAGUUACGGCCACGUGCAGAUCAGGGACAUGGUCAAAGCAGGUUUUGGGGUGAAUCUGAUUGGCGUGGCGGUGGUAAUGUUGGCCAUCACCACCUGGGGGGUUCCACUCUUCAAUCUGACUGAGUUCCCAGCCUGGGCACUGGCCAGGAAUGUCACUGGGAGCUUAUAACUAACAGUGGGCAGGUGCUGGCGGUACAAAGCGGGGAUGAACUCAAAAACAGACGAGGAAGAGACUGGGCAAGUGUUGCGAUUGCUCAGAAUUAUACUGAUUAAACAGGCCUUAAAAGAAGAACAUGGAUGUGGUGAGAAGGAGAAGAAGUGGAGAAACAACCCUCACCAGCUGCUUAGAUAUACUAUUAUAUACUGGCCAUACUGGUGUGUUACAAGGAAUGUUAAACGCCUUUGGCCACUGGGGGACAUUAAACUCCAACUGAAACCUUUAAAAAUCAAGAACUGAUUUAGUUUUUUUGAUUUAUAGUAGAAGAAAAAUGAUAAGUUACAGUUUUACAGUAAACCUGAAAUACAUUUUCAGAUCUACAACAUCCUUUUAUUUCCCUGUUUUUAGAUAGAAAUAAGCUACAUAUGGCCACUGUAGACAAGUCUCUUUUUAUUGCAUGUUUGCUGAACUUAAACAUUUCUAAUGAAAUAUACUUUUUACAGCUAAAUUGAACACAUUUCAGCAUUUCUGGAAGAAAUCAGUCUUGUCUUUCGUGUAAGAGGGAAGAAGUGGCUGCUGGAUUAAAGCGAGAUGAAUGCAUGAAAAGAGAAAUCUACCGUGGCUGCCAGUGUACUGUAUAUGUAGAGCUACUGUACUUUUUACGUUGAACACCGUGGGCCUUCCUUACACAUUUCAUGCACAUUCUUACCAAAGUUUCUGAAGCUGCUUGUGUCCUAAAAUGCUGUGAACUUUACAAUUCUUGUUGCUACAUGUUA